GUCACAACAUAUGACUGCCUUCUUAUAAAGUUAGAGUUACAGUACAGAUGAAAUAUGGAGAUCGAAGGUAAAGUAUGUUUUAUCUUAAAACAGAAUCGACAGAAUGUAGACCAUAAUCCGACAUUGGACAUUGUGCCUCCCUAAAGGGCCACUAGAUGGAGCCAUAAACGUUCCUUGUGCUGGAGAUCACCGCUCUCUGAGUUCCAUACAUCCAAGAGAGCAACUCGCAGGAUGGCAGUAGAGGCACGCUGUCGCUCCAUUCUCGGCCUAAUUACACCCCCGUGACCCGCCCCUCGCUUCCCUCAUUCCCACAGACGAGUCCUGGAAAUGUACUUCCUCCGCCCUGCUCUGUUGGCUCCAGUGAUGGGCUGGUGAGGAUGGCUAAGCGCAGGAAUAAGUUUAGACUUUGUUCUUAGUUUUAGUCACUUAUUAUUCUUUUUAAUUUAGUUUGCAGCCAUGCUGAGGGUUGUAGUUGAAUCAGCUAAAGGGCUACCUAAAAAGAAAGUUGGAAGUCCUGAUCCAGUUACAUUUUUUGAGUUCAUGUCAGAAGAGAAGAAAAAAACGAAAUCAAUUGACAGCGAGCUGAAUCCUGUCUGGAAUGAGGUCCUUGAGUUUGAUUUGAAAGGUCAGGCGGUAGACUCCAGCUCUUACAUUGACGUGAUUGUGAAAGACUAUGAAACUAUUGGCAAAGAUAAAUUCAUAGGUUCUGCCAAAAUCUCUUUGAGAGAUCUUGCCUCGGGACAAGUGAGAUCACUGCCCUCCAAAAAUGUGCCACUGGUCAAUGAAAGCGGACAAAGCAUUGGUGCUACAAUAAACCUUGUUAUUGGCUAUGACCCACCUGCCAGUGCUACAAACCUGAAUGACCCUCAAGGAGGAGAUGCUACAGUGGAUGCUGGAUCUGGUGGGGUGGAGGAGGGCGAUGAGACCACAUCAGAUGGAGAUCCGACUAGUCCAGCAGGUGGAGCUGUGUCAAAUAACAGAGCAAACCUGCGCCAGCGAUUGGCGAGGAGCACCAAGAGUCGCCACAGACUGGCCAAUAAACCCCAGGACUUCCAGUUGCGUGUCCGGAUCAUUGAGGCCCGGCAGCUGUCUGGAAACAACGUGAAGCCUGUGGUGAAGGUGAAUGUGUGUGGGCAAACUCACAGAACCAGGAUCAAGAGAGGGAACAACCCCUUCUAUGAUGAGAUGUUCUUCUACAACAUCCAUAUGCUGCCAUCAGAUCUGUUUGAGCAGAACAUCAGCUUUAGGGUGUAUAAUUCUUAUUCACUUCGAGCAGACAGCCUUAUGGGAGAGUUUAAGCUGGACGUUGGUUAUGUGUACGAUGAACCAGCUCACUGUGUCAUGAGGAAGUGGCUUCUCCUGAAUGAUCCAGAGGAGUCCAGCUCUGGUGCUAAAGGCUACCUCAAAGUCACUCUGUUUGUCGUGGGUGCUGGGGAUGAACCACCGGUGGAGAACAAGGAGUCAAAUGAUGAUCAGGAUGACAUUGAGAAUAAUCUGCUUUUACCUGCUGGGGUCACUCUGCGAUGGGCCACGCUUUCUCUAAAGGUGUACAGGGCUGAAGACAUACCACAGAUGGAUGAUGCCUUUGUCCAGUCGAUGAAGGAAUUCUUUGGAGGGGAGGAAAACAAGAAGAAUCUUGUGGAUCCUUUCUUAGAGGCUCGCUUCGCUGGCAAAAAGUUAUGUACACAGAUCAUUGAGAAGAAUGCUAACCCUGAGUGGAACCAAGUGCUUAACCUUCAGGUCAAGUUUCCUUCAAUGUGCGAGCGCAUCAAAUUAACUGUAUUUGACUGGGAUCGCUUAACUGGAAAUGACCCUGUUGGCACCACAUAUCUGAACUUAGCCAAGAUUGCAUCCUCUGGUGGAGAAAUUGAAGAGGAUCAUGCAGGAAAAGAGGAUGUGCCAUCCUAUGAAGUUAAUACAGGUGAGUCGGAGGUGGGUUUCCUCCCCGUCUUUGGGCCAUGCUAUAUAAACUUGUAUGGAAGCCCAAGAGAGUUCACAGGCCUACCAGACCCUUAUGAGGACCUCAAUCAUGGCAAGGGAGAAGGAGUGGCAUACAGAGGAAGAGUCCUGGUUGAACUGUCCACUAAAUUAGAAGAAAAAACAGACAAACCUGUGGAUGGCAUCCCCAAUGAUGACCUUCUAGUGGUGCAGAAAUACCAGAGGAGGAGGAAGUACUGCCUGUGUGCAGUUUUCCACAGUGCAUCAAUGUUACAAGAACCUGGGGAGCCCAUUCAGUUUGAAGUCAGCAUUGGUAACUAUGGCAACAAACUGGACACCACCUGCAAACCUCUGGCUUCAACUACUCAGUACAGCUGUGCAGUGUUCGAUGGUAACCACUACUACUACCUGCCCUGGGCUGGGACCAAACCUGUAGUUGUGGUUACCUCUUACUGGGAAGACAUCAGUCACCGCCUGGACUCUGUCAACAUCCUCUUGUACAUUACAAACCGCCUGCAAUCCAACCUGGAAGCAUUUAAAGUUGCUAUCCUUUCUAAAGUCAAUGACAACCAACUUGUGGAGGUGUGGCUCAAGUUGCUCAAUCAGCUGAUUGAAGACUUAGAAAGUUUACCAAUGCCGGAGCUAGAGGGCCGCUCAAACCUCACAUCUUUAGACCUCCAGAUCAAGAAGCUGCGGGACAGUGCUCUAGCCACAAUCAUACAAGCAGCCAGACAGAUGAGAGACGAGGCCAUUGAGAUCAGGGACACUGUGGGUGACUUGGAGUCUUGGCUGGACAAGCUUACCCAGCUGGCAGAGGAGCCCCAGAACAGCUUGCCUGACGUCAUCAUUUGGAUGUUGCGAGGAGAAAAGAGAGUUGCGUACAGUCGAAUUCCUGCUCACCAAAUCCUCUAUUCCACUUACAAUGAGCAGGCCUGUGGUCUGCACUGUGGCAAAACUCAGACUGUAUUUUUACAGUAUCCUAUGGACAAAACCAAAGGCCUGAAGGUCCCUGUGCAGGUCAGGGUCAACAUGUGGCUGGGUCUGUCUGCACAUGAGAAGAAGUUCAAUUCUUUCUCUGAGGGAACAUUCAGUGUGUUUGCUGAACUGUAUGAGAACCAAGCCAAAGUAUUUGGAAAAUGGGGGACCACAGGACUGGUGGGACGCCAUAAAUUCUCAGAUGUGACUGGCAAGCUGAAGCUGAAACAAGAAUACUUUAUGCCCCCCAGAGGGUGGGAGUGGGAGGAGGACUGGUUUAUUGACCCAGAGAAAGCUCUGCUUACAGAGGCAGAUGCAGGGCACACAGAGUUCAUGGAUGAGGUGUUUCAGAAUGAGACUCGUUUCCCUGGUGGAGAUUGGAAAGGGGCUCCUGAGCCUUACACUGAUGUGAAUGGAGAGAAGAGCCGCACUCCUGGAGAGUUUGAAUGUCCUCCUGGCUGGAUGUGGGAGGAUGAGUGGACAGUGGAUGACAACAGAGCUGUUGAUGAUCAAGGCUGGGAGUAUGGGGUGACAAUCCCACCCGAUGACAAGCCUCGUUCAUGGGUCCCUGCUGAAAAGGUUUAUCACGUCCAUCGCAGGAGAAGGCUGGUACGACCUAGGAAAAGAGGGGCUCUGCCAGCAGGGACUGCUGCAGAGAGGCAAGACCGAGGAGAUCCUGAGGGUUGGGAAUUCUCGUCUCUGAUUGGAUGGAAGUUCCAUCGUAAGGAACGAUCAUCUGAUACAUUUCGCCGAAGACGCUGGAGGAGGAAAAUGGCUCCAGAAGAUCGCCUUGGAGCAUCUGCCAUCUUCCAACUCGAAGGAGCUUUGGGCAUUGAUACUGAGGAGAGAGAGAAGGGAUCAAAGGUGGAUGCGACCAAACUGUUUGGAGCUAAUACACCUACUGUGUCCUGCUUCUUUGACAGAUCUUACAUGUACCACCUCCGUGUCUAUGUCUAUCAAGCAAGAAACUUGGCAUCUAUGGACAAAGAUAGUUUUUCUGAUCCAUAUGCACAUGUCUCCUUCUUACAUUUAAGUAAGACAACAGAGAAGCUUCAAGCAACCUUGAACCCAACUUGGGAUCAGACUCUAAUUUUUAACAACGUUGAAAUUUAUGGAGAUCCCCAAAACAUUGCUACUCGUCCUCCUGAUGUUGUGGUGGAAUUCUAUGACCAUGACCAAGUGGGCAAAGAUGAGCUGCUGGGACGCAGUGUUUGCCGCCCGGUGGUGAAGUUGAAUCCAGGGAUGGACCAGACACCCAAACUUCAGUGGCACCCCAUCAUACAGAAGGGACAUCAGGCAGGAGAGGCCUUGAUGGCUGCAGAGAUCAUCCUCAGAGAAAAGACCAGUGAGUCUGAUCUUCCACUGUUUCCCCCAAAAAGAGCAGAGAACCUCUAUAUGGUUCCUCAAGGCAUCCGACCUAUUGUGCAGCUCACUGCUAUAGAGAUUUUGGCAUGGGGUUUGCGAAACAUGAAGCCCUUCCAGUUGGCCUCUGUCUCUGCUCCCAGUCUGGUGGUGGAGUGUGGAGGGCAGAGAGUGGAGUCUGCUGUCAUCAAAAACAUGAAGAAGAGUCCCAACUUCCCCAGCUCUGUACUCUUCAUCAAAGUGCUCCUUCCUAAAGAUGAAAUGUAUACACCUCCCAUAGUACUGAAAGUGAUUGACCACCGUCCUUUUGGCAGGAAGCCAGUGGUGGGCCAGUGCACCAUCAGCACUCUAGAGCAGUUCAGGUGUGACCCUUAUGUGAUCACUGCAGAGGGAGCCAUGUCCUCCAAAAUGGCUCUGCUUGCGGCUGCACCAUUUAAACAUGUUUCUAUAAACAUGGAGGAUGAAAGAAGACCUCUUCUGGAGGCUCAGCUUGUUGAAAAGGAAAAGGAGACUGUUGACUGGUGGAGUAAAUUCUACGCUUCAAUGGGUGAUCAGGAAAAGUGUGGUCCUUACGUGAAAAAAGGCUACGACACACUCAAAGUGUAUGACUGUGAACUGGAGGAUGUCCCAGAGUUCAAAGGCCUGACUGAUUUCUGCGACACCUUCAAACUACUGCGAGGCAAAAACGAGGAUGGAGACAAUGACCCUACUGUGGUGGGAGAGUUCAAGGGCUCCUUUAAAGUGUACCCUCUGCCUGAUGACCCGGGUGUUGCCCCUCCACCGCGUCAGUUCAGAGAGCUGCCGCACAGUGGGCCUCAGGAGUGUCUGGUCAGGAUUUAUAUAGUCCGGGCUAUUGACCUGCAACCCAAAGACAAUAAUGGCAGGUGUGAUCCGUACAUUAAGAUAUCGUUAAGAAAUAACACAAUUGAUGACAGAGACCAUUAUUUGCCGAACACAACCAAUCCUGUCUUUGGAAGGAUGUUUGAGAUGACAUGUUUCCUACCUCAAGACAAGGAUCUAAGGAUCGCAGUGUAUGACUAUGAUCUGCUGACCAGAGAUGAGAAAGUGGGAGAGACAGUCAUUGACCUGGAGAAUCGCUUCCUGUCUCGCUAUAACUCCUACUGUGGAAUUCCACAGACCUACUGCAUUUCUGGUAUCAACCAGUGGCGAGAUCAGCUUAAACCAUCUCAGAUCCUGGGGAACCUGGCCCGAAUGAAAGGUCUGUCCAAACCCUUGAGUGAAGAUAACGGCACAUCCAUGACGUUCAAUGGCAAACAGUACACACUGGCUGAGUUUGAGGGCACCAAAGAAAUUCAUCAGCACUUAGGACCUCCCAGUGAACGCCUUUGCCUGCAUGUGCUUCGGACACAGGGGCUUGUCCCUGAACAUGUGGAGACCAGAACACUGUACAGCUCUUUCCAGCCAAACCUCUCACAGGGAAGGCUACAGAUGUGGGUGGAUGUUUUCCCCAAAAGUAUUGGCAUUCCGGGACCUCCAUUUGAUAUCACCCCUCGCAAACCUAAGAAGUAUUUGCUGCGUGCAGUCAUCUGGAACACCACUGAUGUGACUUUGGAUGAGACGAGUAUCACUGGAGAACACAUGAGCGAUAUUUAUGUCAAAGGGUGGAUGCCUGGGAUGGAGGAAGACAAGCAGAAAACAGAUGUGCAUUACAGAUCUCUAGAUGGUGAUGGCAACUUUAACUGGCGUUUUGUCUUUGAAUUUGAAUAUCUGCCUGCAGAACAACUCUGUCUUGUGUCAAAGAAGGAGCACUUUUGGAGCCUUGAUAAAACAGAGUUCAGGAUUCCUCCAAAGCUGAUAGUUCAGAUCUGGGAUAAUGAUAAAUUCUCACUGGAUGAUUACCUUGGUACACUGGAGCUAGAUUUGCGUAACCUGGUUUCUCCUGCAAAGACUCCAGAAAAAUGCUCCUUGGACAUGAUGGAUGUUGUGGACAUAAGAGCAACCAACAAGAACAAGCAGUCCAAGUCUCUGUUUGCACAGAAGUCAGUCAGGGGGUGGUGGCCCUGCUCCAUUGAACAGGAUGGGAAGAAGGUGGUCGGGGGCAAAGUGGAGAUGACGCUGGAGAUUGUGAAUGAAACUGAGGCAGAUGAAAGACCAGCAGGAAAAGGAAGAGAUGAACCCAACAUGAAUCCAAAACUGGAUCCACCAAAUCGCCCAGAAACCUCCUUCUUCUGGUUUACAAACCCAUGCAAGACCAUGAAAUUUAUAGUGUGGCGGCGGUUCAAAUGGGUUUUCAUUGGGCUUAUAAUCCUUAUAAUAGUGAUUCUUUUUGUGGCCAUCUUGUUGUACUCCUUACCGAACUACAUCUCAAUGAAGAUUGUGAAGCCUCUUCAGUAACUGCAAACUAUAGGCAGUUCCUUGCAUGUGUCCAGUUUUUUUAUUUACUGGUGUAUUCCGAGGUUUUGCACUUGUCAGAAUUUCUUAAAUGAUCUAACAUUCUAUUUGCACACUUUCUCCUUACAGGUUUGCGGCAGUAAAUUUUUUUUCUCUA